AUGGAAUCAGAGCAAUAUCAAGGAUUUCCAGCUCUAUGCCGGUAUCAUGAAAUAGUUGCUAACUUUCUCUCAGAAACCAAAAAACAACAAAGCGAAAAAGAUUUCAACUAUGUCCGCUGCUCUGAAGAUAUCGAAGAUCUCAGAAAUAGAAUUCCAAGCCUUUCAGAAAUGGAUCAAUCAGUCCUCUUACAAGAUGAUAUCUUAUCUUGCAGCAACCCUUUUCAGCUACUCUUAUAUUUAGCUUUGAAUACUCAAUGAAUUUUACUUGAAAACGUAAGGACAGAUGAUCUUACUAAUACAUCUAAUUAUCCAAAAUUUCAAUCAAAUCUCAAGUUAUUCUCCAGCCAAAUUUUCUAUGAGAUGAUGACCAAUUUAGAAUUAAAGGAAGAAAUUAGAUCAUUAAUAAGAACAUUAGCAAUUUAUUUCUAUAUCCGCGUUCCUGGUGCAUGCAAGUUGAGCAUGGAAGUCAUUUUUCUAAAUAUAGAGAAAUUGCCCCCAGUAAGAAUUGGACAAUCGGUUAACUCGGAAUGCUUGGAUUUUUAUAGAAGUCUUACAUCAAGCAGUGUUGUUUCAGAUGCAUUUAGUAUGGUAGAUCAAAAUGUUACACUUGAUGAUCUCUUUAGUCGAGUCUCCAAUUAUUCUUAUUAUGCUUUCUUCCCUGCUGAGCUUUAUGGGCUUACUACGAUAGGAGAUAUAGUAUUUGCUACUUACUCCUUUAAUAUUGGAGAUUGUCUUGGUAUGGCAGCAACAAUAAUAACCCUCUUGCAUGAAUCAGCUCACUUGAUGCAUAGAUAUAGGAGAGAUCAAAGCAGUUACUUAGUACUCACUCCUAAAAGUUGCAAACAAACAGGGGCCGAAUAUAAUUCAGAAAUGGGUGAUUUUGUUGAAAAAAUGAUUUUUGGCGAGAGAAUGGAAUUAAUAAAUAUCUCGUCAGCAGACUUUUUAUUAGAUCGGAAUAAUUGAAAUUUAAGCACAGAAGAAUUUCAAACGAGACUUAAAUCAAAAUAUAAAGAAGGAAAACAUAAAGGCCAGGCAGAUACAAAGGUUGGUAAAGGAAAUUCAGGAUACAUUCAUCGUGGACGAUGUGGAAUGGCGAUAAAUGUCUAA